AUGACCGAAACUUCAAAUGAUUACCUCAGCCAUCUUCUAUGUACCCACCCCAGUCCCCAGUUGAGAUGUCUGUUGACCAAAAACCAUCCAUCACCAACCAAGCCACGCUCAAGGAGGAUGUUUCCGAUGCUAGGACCACCAAGAGAGAACAAGAACAAGAAGAAGAAGAAACCGAGCAAGACAGUCAGACUAGUCGAACCAACACAGGAGGAGAGCAUCGCAAGCAGUGCAGCCUCAAACAGGGCAAUCUACCACUAUCAAACUAGUUCACCACCACUACCACCCAUACCACCCCACAAACUACCAUCACCCUCAAACUCAUCCAUCAACCCAGAAACACUCUUCCCACAGACACUCAUCGUCAUCUCAUUUAUCACCCGGCUCCCAUUGAAAAGGAACCAAGGACAAGGAACUGAAAUCUUAUUCUAUAAACCCAAGACGACCCUCAACCCAUCCGAGUCUCACCACUGUGCAUUCAAAUGUAUUCCAAAGCAUGGGCCAGGAACAGGAUCGAAAUGGACUUUCCUAUUUAUCGAUGGAGGGCCGAUCGAAGAAGUGACUGCUGAACAACUAUCCUUAAGAUCAAUCAAGCGUCAUCUCUCACCGCCGGACGACAGGUUGGUCAAGGUUCGGACGAGUAAAGCUCUCAGGUGGGAUAACGACACCCUGCUAGUCUCAGUGCUCUACCGGCUCAAAGAGAUCGAUCGUAAGAAGGAUGAGGAAUGGAUCAAGAUGGAUGUCGAGUCUCAUUACUGGUCCAAGAUCUAUGGAUUUCAUGCGGCCAUCGAAAAUGAACUAGUCUCUACCGCCCUAGCGGCCGUGUCAUUUCCAGUUGCUUUUAAUGUAGGCUUUGAAGAAAUCGCCCAGCAUGAUCCACUUACCCGCUCAGAUGUAGUCACUCUCAAAGCUCUUGAGACUCUCUAUCUGUCUGUUCAAGCCGGUUACGCAAGAGAUGGAUUUAAAUUCUAUCCUCAAACAGCCGAGCCGCUUAAGAAAGUUGGAAAUACCGACAGGGAUUUCAAGCGACGGAUAUGGGCAUAUUGGACUGAAGUCCUUUGUUGGCAUCUUAUCGAAUGUAGAGCGGUCUACAAGGUCUCGAUCAGCUAUGCAAUCAAUAAAAUCUUGGCCGUCUUGAAGCCAGAUGUUCGGAAUGAUAAGGUGAAUGUGGAAGAAUUGGAGAAACGGAUGGUAGGCGCGAUCGGAGUCGAAGCUGAUCGAUGUCAACAAUCAAUCGAAAAUAUCGUCAAACAUGCUGUAUUUGAAAUCCUUCACGUACCUGAUCAUUACCCCUUGAUCAAUACAAUUACCUCAAUCCAUUUAUUCACUCUGGGCUCAUCCAGCGCAACCUAUGAGGCACUAUCGCAGCUAGUUAAAUAUUUCAUGACUCAAUCCCGUUGGAAGCUAGGAUUAACCAACGAGGGAGCGAUCGAAGGGCUGAAGAUAACGAUCGCAGAAAACCGACCUCUACAUGAGGGAGUGAUCCUGGCGAGCAAGCUGAAUGAGCUUAUCAACGUCUACCAGGCCCCUCGUCCGAUACCCCCAAAAGCAGACAACGCGCGGUCACUCAAACACGCUCCUUCACUGCGGGCGCUUGACACUCUUCUCGACUCCAAGGAUUGGUAUCUCGACGCUGAUCAUCAGAAGGUCUUGGAUUCAUUUGAAGAUUGUCACCCGGCUCCACUUACCGGCUUGUUCGCUAAUACUCCUGUCAUCGGUCAGGAUGGAGAUGACAGGGGUCAUUUGGGAGAUCUUCUGGAACGAGUUAAUAUCUCUAACAAUUUCCAACUUGGUGAUCAUAACCAAGGCGAAUCGGAUAACAUCAAGGUCCAAGUUGAAGUAACGACUGAUGUCGGUCUCAGGAGCUGUCUUUUGAACGCCGGUCCAGCCGGGGUCUUACUCCUUGCAGCCGAUCGAGUGUUACCGAAUGGUGAUGCGUUAUGCAAGUUGGGAUCGACUUCGGCUGCUUAUACGGCACACAAGCUAGGCCAAAUAGUAAUAAUUCUAGUGCGACAUGACCGAGUCCAUCCGUCGCACGAACCUCAUCCACCUCAACCGACCACACCAACAUCUGUUAUGAGCACUAGUCAGCAGGCGGUGGUGUCCGGGAUGAUCGAGAGCUGGAAACGGAUCUUCAAACAUGAGAUCAUCGAUCAACUCUCUCGCAAAGUGCUUGUUGGUGGCUCUGAAGUCUUACCUCCUGCUACUGCUACUGGUUCUGAUAUUGCUCAUCCGCUUGCCGGAUUCGAGGUCGUCAAGGCUCAGUGGAUCUCUUGCUUUAUCACUGAUUCUGGUAAGAUGGGGCUUGAGAGGGUUAAAGAAGUCGCAGAGACUUUGUCUUCUCUUCAUCAUUUACUGUGGGAAGAAAAUGAUCAUAACCAACCUUAAUGUAAAUUCUCUUGUAUUUCCUGUUUUUUUUUUUUCGUUUAUCAUCAUAUGCAUGUAUUACAUUAAUAACCUGGUUCUUGUAAUGUCAGAAAUCGUCAGUGAC